GUCCGGCUUCGACUUGCUUUGACAGUCACACAAUGCCGGGACCUUUCUUUAUAUUUGCACACAUCUUGUACGCUUGCUACCUAGUUCGACACACCCCCAUGACCUGCCGGAGCCGAGCGCCUGCAAUCAUCUGGCGUUGGCAACGUCAACUUCCCCACUCCCAAGUCUCUUGCUAUGGCCGGCAUCAAUGGCGUUUGGCAUAAGACGUCGGUCCAGGCGGUUUAUGAGCAGCGAGAGAGCUAUUCAACCACCUCUCUCGCUGGCCAGAAGCGUGCCUAUUCCACCGAGGAGCCCCCCCUGUUUUCUCGACCCUCAGUCCCCGCCGUGACGCGAUCUGCCAGCCUUCCAAGCGGCCUGCCGCGUCUCACUGCCAGCUCGGUUACGAGUCAUGGGGCCGCUCUAGACAACCACCCGUCUGAAUACUCUCAAAGGAAGGCGAUUCAAUCGACUCCCACCAGCACGAUAGACCCUUUUCUCUCUCUCAGCCAUCCAACGUAUGCUCUCUCUGGGCCCCUGGUUGAGAACUUGGCUAGCCUUGGCAUUAAGAGCAUCUAUCCAUGGCAGAAAUCUUGCCUGCUGGCACCCGGUCUACUGACCGGAGAAAAGAAUCUCGUCUACAGUGCUCCCACCGGUGGCGGGAAGUCCCUGGUCGCCGAUGUUCUCAUGUUGAAGAGAGUUCUCGAGGAGAAGGGGGCCAAAGCAAUUCUCGUUCUGCCUUAUGUUGCCCUUGUCCAGGAGAAGGUUCGCUGGCUGCGGAACCUCGCGGCUGGACUGACCAAAUGCGUGGAUUCCGCCGAUGACGAUGACAAUAAGCGGGUGUGGAGACGGCGAGCCGAUGAUAACACGGUUCGCGUCGUUGGCUUCUUUGGCGGCGGCAAAGUUAAAGCAACCUGGGCCGACUUUGACGUUGGAGUUUGCACAAUAGAAAAGGCAAACUCUCUAUUAAACACGGCCAUUGAUGACUAUUCCGUCAAGGAUCUUAAAAUCGUAGUUCUUGAUGAGCUGCAUAUGAUAGAUGACGACCAUCGAGGCUAUCUAAUGGAACUCAUGGCCACGAAGCUGCUUACUCUUCCCCAGAGAAUCCAGAUUGUCGGCAUGAGCGCAACUCUUUCUAUUAUCAAACUGCUCUCCAGUUGGCUUGGUGCCCACUCGUACGAGACGCGAUACAAACCGGUUCCGAUCGAGGAGCAUCUCGUGUACGAGAGCCAUGUGUAUCCGGCCGCGACGACGAGCGACCUCUUAAAAACCGUCAGUAAACUCAACGCGGCCCUCGAUGCCACUCAGCACAUGAACGCCAUCAAACGUAUCGAGUCCUCCACUCACCGGGAAUUGAAGGAUCCUGUGCUGAAUGCCGUUGUUGCACUUGCGAACGAGACGGCUAGGGCAGGCUAUGGCGUGCUCGUCUUUGCGGGCAGUCGUGGAGGUUGUGAAUCCGACGCCAGGCUGAUAGCCAGAGUUAUGCCCCAGCCAGAUGAAAUAGAUGCGGGCCUCGUGGACAAGCGGGUUGAUCUCCUGGUGGAGCUACGCAGUCUCUCUACGGGUCUGGAUCCCGUUCUUGAAGAAACUAUCCCCUCUGGGGUCGCGUUUCAUCAGGCUGGACUCACGACGGAAGAACGCGAGCUCAUCGCGACAGCAUACGACAACGGCGUACUAAAGGUCUGCGUAGCCACAUGCAGCCUUGCUGCGGGUAUCAACCUGCCUGCUCGAAGGGUGAUCCUGCACAACGCCCGCAUGGGGCGUGAUUUCGUCGGACCUUCGAUGCUUCGACAAAUGCGCGGACGAGCUGGACGAAAAGGAAAAGACGAAAUUGGCGAGACGUUUCUCUGCUGUCGUAAAAACGAUCUCGAGCAAGUUGUGGAUCUUAUGCAUGCGGAUCUUCCUCAGAUUUCAAGUUGUCUGAAUACAGACAAGCAACGUAUCCAAAGGGCACUACUCGAAGUCAUUGCUAUUCGACUAGCCACCAGUCGAGAUACCAUAGACGAAUAUGCCGCAAAGACUCUGUUGGCUGCAUCAGGAGACCUCGGCCUGGUUCGGGCGUGCAUUGAAACCAGCUUGGACAAUCUUUUAACGCUGGGCUUCGUCACCAGGGAUUCUGCCGAUAAUUACUCGGCGACUCAGCUAGGCAAAGCUAUUGUGGCAUCUGCCCUUGACCCGGACGACGGUAUCUUCAUUCACCAAGAGCUCGAACGGGCCUUACGAGGCUUCGUCAUGGAUGGGGAUAUGCAUCUCUUGUAUAUGUUCACGCCCGUCCAAGAUUUCGGUAUCAACGUCAACUGGAGGGUAUUCCGGAACGAAAUGGAGGCGCUUGACGAUAGUGGGCACCGGGUCAUUGGCUUCCUGGGCAUUAAACGAGCCGUAAUAAACCGGAUGGUCCACGGCGGCGCCCCGAAGGAAUCGACACCGGAGGAAGAGCAGGUGAUGCGGGUGUACCGUCGAUUCUAUCUUGCUCUCCAGCUACGUGACCUAUGCAACGAGAUGCCGAUUCACGUUGUCGCCCGCAAGUACGACGUUCCUCGGGGGACGGUCCAAACGCUUUCUCAAACAUGCCAUGGGUUCGGAGCCGGCAUGAUCAAGUUCUGUGAGCAAAUGGGCUGGGGGAUCAUGGCCGCCGCAUUGGAUCAUUUCUCAGACCGGCUCAGAGCGGGUGCGAGGGCAGAUUUGUUAGAUCUAGCGAAGAUUACGUUCAUCAAGAGCAGGACAGCACGUGUAUUCUGGGAGAAUGGGUUCCGAAGCGUGGCCGCUGUCGCCAACGCGGACCCCAAAGAACUAAUACCCAUUCUGAUGCAAGCCCAGCCAAGCAAGGUGCGCAUCAAGGCUCAGGAGAGCAUCAAGUACGAGGACAAGCUUCUUGCCAAAGCCCAAGUCAUCUCCAAUUCGGCGAACAGGAUCUGGCAACUCCAAAUGCAACAGGAUUUAGAAGAAUAGAUCAGACAUAUAGGUUCAUGUGGUUCUAUUUUAUUGGGAGGGAAUUGGCUCGGACAAACAUUGUUUACCAGGGGUCACGAUAUCUGCGACAUUGACCAUCCAUCUCUCGCUGGGCUCUUGAGACGGGGGACAUGGGUCCAGAGGCGUUCCCGGUAUAUAUAAAUCAUACUGUGAUCGCGGGAGGGGCCUGCAGCCCAUAAUAUAUCUACGGUCCAACGUCGAUUAAAGCAACAGAUGGGUUUGUAAUAGAACCUUUGUGGAAUACUUUAGACCGACAUUUC